GAAGAGAUGACCGAAUAUGAGAAGAAUGGAUAUUCGAUUAUAAAGAAAAUAUUUCAAGAUUACGCUUCAGAGGAGAUUAGUUUGAGUUUUAAUGGUGGAAAGGAUUGCACAGUUAUCGCUUAUAUGAUAAAGAAAGUGAAAGAAGAACUCGGUAUAAGAACAGCGACGAAGAGUUUAUACAUAAAAUGUAGAUCACCUUUUAAAGAAGUAGAUAAUUUUGUAGAUUCAUCUGCAAAGUAUUUUAAUUUGGAUAUAGAAACAAAGGAACUAUCGAUGAAACAAUCCCUAGAGGAGUUUAUCAAUCAAAAUAAAAAGAUAAAAGUAAUAAUUAUUGGCACUCGUGAGAGUGAUCCUAAUGGGACUAACCUAGAAAUCUAUUCACCUACAGACAAGGAUUGGCCUUGCAUUCUGCGUGUUCACCCUAUACUCCAUUGGAAUUAUCAUCAAAUUUGGGAAUUCAUAUUGAAGGAGAAUAUACCAUACUGCAACCUAUACGAUAUCGGAUACACGUCCUUAGGAUCUACGUUCAACACACAUCAAAAUCCCCAGUUGUACGAUGAGGAGAGGAAGGAGUAUAGACGAGCACAUGAGCUCAUAGAGGCAAAGGAUGAGAGAUCGGGAAGAUACAGCUGACGAUUGUAGAGAAACGAACCAUUGCAUUCAUUUAUUUAUACACACAAAUUCG